GGCUGGCUUGGUAAACACGUGAUGUUGAAGCGCCCUGCCUCUUUGGGGCCGGGGACCGGACUUGACUGAAUUUCAUUGCGGCAGAAAGUUGGCAGACGCUCUGCGGGUAGAGCAUGGGGUAUGCAUGACAGUGUAUUUGUCGGAAUGCACGACAUGCACCGUGGAACCGGGGAUGUGGUCAUUGGCACUUGACGGACUGAUGGAACCCAAGUAAUCAGCUAUGGCCUUGAUGAUCCCCCCAGUGAAGUUAAAAUGGCUAGAGCAUCUCAACAGCUCUUGGAUCACAGAAGACAGUGAAUCUAUUGCCACCCGCGAAGGAGUUUCUGUUUUGUAUGCCAAGCUUAUUGCCAAUAAGGAGGUGGUAUUGCUGCCCCAACAGGUGCUUUGCCUAAAGGGACCUCAACUGCCAGACUUUGAACGUGAGUCCCUUUCUAGCGAUGAGCAAGAACAUUACCUGGAUGCUCUGCUUAGUAGCCAGCUGGCACUGGCGAAGAUGGUAUGCUCAGACUCCCCAUUUGCAUCUGCCCUCCGUAAGCGACUGCUGGUAUUGCAGCGCAUUUUUUAUGCACUUUCCAACAAAUACCAUGACAAGGGAAAAGUAAAGCAGCAGCAGCAUUCGCCAGAGAACAACUCUGGCUCCACCGAUAGCCACUCCGUUAGUGAACGGCCAAGGUCCAGCACAGAUGCACUAAUUGAAAUGGGUGUCAGGACUGGUCUUAGCUUACUGUUUGCUCUGUUACGGCAGAGUUGGCUGAUGCCUCCUCCUGCACCUGGACUUAGCUUGUGUAAUGAUGUCAUUCACACAGCUAUUGAUGUCAUAAGCUCUUUACCACCAUUAUCAUUAGCUAAUGAAAGCAAAAUUCCGCCUAUGGGUUUGGAUUGCUUGUCACAAGUGACAUCAUUCCUUAAAGGAGUAACUAUGCCUAAUUCAGGUGCUGAUAUAUUGGGACGACGGCUUGCUUCUGAACUUUUGCUUGGCUUGGCUGCACAAAGAGGUUCACUUCGAUACCUUCUUGAGUGGAUAGAAAUGGCCUUAGCUGCAGCAGCAGUAGUCAGCACAAUAACCCUUCAUAACCAAGAGGGGUUAAUUGGCUAUGAUUACUUCAUGAAUGUAUUAAUGCAAAUGCGACGCUCAUUGGGUUCUUCAUCAGAUCGGAGUCAAUGGAGAGAGCCUACCAGAACACCAGAUGGCCUAUGUUCAUUGUAUGAAGCUGCUCUUUGCUUGUUUGAAGAGGUCUGUAGAAUGGCAUCUGAUUAUUCAAGAACUUGUGCCAGUCCUGAUAGCAUCCAGACUGGAGAUGCUCCUAUAGUGUCGGAAACAUGUGAAGUAUAUGUCUGGGGUAGCAAUAGCAGCCAUCAACUGGUAGAGGGUACUCAAGAGAAAAUACUACAGCCCAAACUUGCUCCAAGCUUUGCUGAUGCACAAACAAUUGAAGCUGGGCAAUAUUGUACUUUUGUGAUUUCAUCUGAUGGAUCUGUACGUGCAUGUGGAAAAGGAAGUUAUGGUAGACUUGGACUAGGAGAUUCUAAUAAUCAGUCUACUUUGAAAAAGUUAACUUUUGAGCCCCAUCGAGCAAUCAAAAAAGUUUCAUCUUCAAAAGGUUCAGAUGGACACACACUAGCAUAUACCACAGAAGGAGAAGUUUUCAGCUGGGGUGACGGUGACUAUGGAAAACUAGGGCAUGGUAACAGCUCAACACAGAAGUACCCCAAACUCAUCCAGGGACCACUUCAGGGAAAGGUGGUUGUUUGUGUGUCUGCUGGGUAUAGGCACAGUGCUGCAGUCACUGAGGAUGGAGAAUUGUAUACCUGGGGUGAAGGAGAUUUUGGAAGACUAGGACAUGGUGACAGUAACAGUCGUAACAUUCCAACUUUAGUGAAGGAUAUUAGUAAUGUUGGAGAAGUGUCAUGUGGUAGCUCACAUACCAUAGCUUUAUCCAAAGAUGGGAGAACAGUGUGGUCUUUUGGGGGAGGAGACAAUGGAAAGUUAGGGCAUGGUGAUACAAACAGAGUGUACAAACCCAAGGUUAUUGAAGCCUUACAAGGAAUGUUUAUACGAAAAGUAUGUGCUGGAAGCCAGUCAUCGCUUGCACUAACUUCAACAGGCCAGGUUUAUGCCUGGGGCUGUGGUGCUUGUCUUGGAUGUGGCUCUUCCGAGGCCACUGCGUUAAGACCCAAACUUGCUGAGGAACUGGCAAUGACAAGAGUGGUUGAUAUAUCAAUUGGUGACAGUCACUGUUUGGCCUUAUCACAUGAUAAUGAAGUUUAUGCCUGGGGAAAUAAUUCUAUGGGCCAGUGUGGCCAAGGAAAUUCUACUGGCCCAAUAACAAAACCUAAGAAAGUAAUUGGUUUGGAUGGAGUAGCUAUACAGCAGAUUUCUGCUGGAACCUCACAUAGUUUAGCCUGGACAGCUUUACCUAGGGACAGGCAAGUUGUGGCCUGGCAUCGACCAUAUUGUGUUGAUUUAGAAGAGAGCACAUUCUCACAUUUGCGUUCCUUCCUUGAGAGAUACUGUGAUGGAAUCAAUAAUGAUGUUCCUCCUCUUCCAUUCCCUUCAUCAAGGGAGCACCAUCAUUUUCUCAAGCUGUGUCUUAAAUUACUGUCUAAUCACCUUGCUUUAGCACUGGCUGGUGGUGUCGCCACCAGCAUACUUGGCAGACAAGCAAGACCUUUAAGAAAUCUUCUGUUUCGACUGAUGGAUUCUUCAGUACCUGAUGAAAUUCAGGAGGCUGUCAUAGAGACAUUGUCUGUAGGUGCCACCAUGUUGCUACCUCCUCUUAGAGAAAGAAUGGAGCUGCUACAUUCACUUCUGCCACAGGGUCCUGAUCGAUGGGAGAGUUUAUCAAAAGGGCAGAGGAUGCAGUUGGACAUAAUUUUGACAAGCCUGCAGGACCAUACCCAUGUAGCAUCUUUAUUAGGAUACAGUUCUCCUCCUGAUGCUCCUGAGUCUUCCUCUUGCAGUUUUGGUUUUGGAUUGUCUUUGGAUUCGUCCAACAGUUCUCCAGGCAGUCACCCAGACACUCAUUUGGCAGAAAUUCUCAUGAAGACACUUCUAAGGAAUUUAGGAUUUUAUACAGACCAAGCAUUUGGAGAGUUGGAGAAGAACAGUGACAAGCUACUUCAGGGUACGUCUUCCUCAGAAAACAGCCAGCCUGCUCACCUUCAUGAACUAUUGUGCUCCCUGCAGAAGCAAUUGUUGGCAUAUUGUCAUAUUAACAGUAUCAGUGAAAACUCUAGCAGUGUAGCAUUGUUGCACAAGCAUCUACAGCUACUUCUGCCUCAUGCCACUGACAUCUUUUCACGAUCAGCAACCCUACUAAAAGAGAGCUCCUGGAAUGGAAGUUUAAGAGAGAAAUUGCGAGAUGUGAUCUAUGUGUCUGCAGCAGGGAGCAUGCUGUGUCAGAUUGUUAGCUCUCUGCUCCUGCUCCCUGUGUCAGUAGCACGGCCAUUACUCUGUUUUCUCCUGGACUUGCUCCCACCACUGGAUCGUUUGAACAGACUAUUGCCAGCUGCAACUCUGCUGGAGGAUCAGGAGCUACAAUGGCCUCUGCAUGGAACUUCUGACUUUGUUGAUCAAACUGGUGCUCCUCUGCCUCAGCCUGCACAAUUGUGGGUGUGGCUUGUUGAUCUGGAGAGAACUGUUGCUCUGCUUGUGGGCCGUUGCUUAGGUGGAAUGCUGCAGGGACCUCUAACAUCCCCAGAAGAACAAGACACCGGCUAUUGGCUCAAAACACCUCUCUUCAGUAAUGGACUUGAGAUGGAUAUUCCACAGCUAGAUAAAUGUAUAAGUUCUUUAUUAGAAGUAGCUCUUUCUGGGAAUGAAGAACAAAAGCCAUUUGAAUGCCUCAUUCGUCCUGAACUUACUCUUCUUGUUGAACUUGCUUUGGGAUCUGGCAAAGAGCCAUCAAACAAUCCAUGGAUGAAUAUGCAAGAUUAUGCUGUUACUAAAGACUGGGAUAAUGCAACUCUAGGCAAUGAGUCACUUUUGGAUACAGUUUCCAGAUUUGUGCUUGCUGCCUUGCUGAAACAUACUGGCUUGUGGAAUGAAGCCUGUGGUGAGGGCAGGUACCAGCCCAGUAAAACCUUAGCGGAAGUUUAUCGCUGUGUUUAUAAAGUACGUAAUCGUUUGCUGGCUUGUAAAAAUAUGGAACUCAUUCAAACAAGAUCAUCAUCAAGAGAAAGACGUAUGUCAGAAAAUCAUGAUUCGUUAGAGAUUGAUCCCCAGGAGCACUCUUUUACUCGUACUAUUGAUGAGGAGGCUGAACUGGAAGAACGAGCAGAUAGAGAGAGAGAGGAAAGUCAUCAAGAUCAAGAUGAUGAAGAUGACAGAGACCAUGAGGUUAUGACUGCUGGUAAAAUCUUCCAGUGUUUUCUAUCAGCCCGAGAAGUUGCCCGCAGUCGUGAACGAGAGUGCGUCGGUAUCAAUAAUGGUAACGUGAAUGGAGCAGGUCCAAGAGAAGAGAGUGAUCCCUCACAGUCUCAGGAGUCCAGACGAGUUGUUUCAGGCCUUCCUGAGGGACAGGAUCUCUACACAGCAGCCUGCAACUCUGUUAUUCACCGAUGCGCCCUCAUUAUUCUAGGAGUGAGUCGAGUAUUGGAAGAUGUACAUAAACAGCAAGAUGAGGGACAGAUGCAGCCAACAAUUUCUGCAACUCAAGAAGGGGUUGCUUAUAUGACAAGAAGUGAAAGCCUGACGGCAGAACGACGUUCUGUACAGGCAAGCCCUGGCUAUCGGCUGAUUAAAUCAAGAAGUGAGUCUGAUCUUUCACAGCCAGAAUCUGAUGAAGAAGGAUACACGUUGAGUGCAAGAAGAAAUGUUGAUUUAGACUUGGCUUCAUCUCGUAAAAAAAGGGGUCUGCAGCAGAACUCCCCAGAUACCCUGGCUGACUCCUGGUCUCGAAUGAAGCAUAGUAGAGAUCGCUUGUACUCUCUCUACCAUUCUUACCAUGAGUCUGACUUUAACCUGAGCAGGACGUUGGGUGUUCACAGCUUAAUAGAAAAUAUUAUCAGUUUUGUGAGUGGAGAUGUGGGCAGCACAUCUGCCUUUAAAGGGCCGGAGGAAAGCAUGUCUACUUGUCCUCAAGGAAUUAUGACAGCAAUGGAGCAACAGCAGAACAGAGCUGAGCUCCGUCUUGAAGCUCUUCACCAAAUUUUGGUUCUGCUUUCUGGUAUGGAGGAGAAGGGCUGCCAGACAGCUGGAAGCAGCCGCCAAACAGCCAUGUUCCAGUCAUCUACUCUACUUACCUCUGUGCGACUACAGUUCUUAGCUGGUUGUUUUGGCCUUGGAACAGUGGGGAAUGGCGGGAUCAAAGGAGAAAGUGUGCAGCUUCAUCAUUAUCAGGAUGGCAUCAGAGCAGCAAAACAGAACAUACAGAAAGAUAUACAGACUGCUGUCCAUAAAAUUUAUCAGCAGCUUUCUACAACCUUGGAGAGAGCAUUGUUAGCCAACAAGCAUCAUAUUGAAGCUCAGCAACGUCUUCUUUUGGUAACAGUGUUUGCAUUAAGUGUACGCUACCAACCUGUGGAUGUUUCUUUGGCCAUCUCCAGUGGGUUGUUGAAUGUGCUGUCUCAGUUAUGUGGCACGGACACUAUGUUAGGACAGCCUAUACAGCUGUUGCAGAAACCAGGCAUCUCUCAGCUGGGCACAGCCCUGAAGGUAGCCAGUACGAGACUUCUUCAGAUCUUGGCCAUCACAACAGGAACAUAUGCUGAUAAGUUAAGUCCUAAAGUGGUACAAUCAUUACUGGAUUUGCUCUGUAGUCAGCUGAAGAACCUCCUCUCCCAGACUGGCGUUACACUUGUAUCAUCAUUUAGAGAGGAUGAAGAAAAAAGUAGUGAGGAUCUUGGAGAAGGUGAAAAAAGAGAUUUGCGAGCACUGUUACGUAAACAACACAGUGCAGAAUUGCACCUGGGAGAUUUUCUUGUAUUUUUACGGCGGGUUGUAUCUUCAAAAGCAAUACAGUCCAAGAUGGCAUCACCGAAAUGGACUGAAGUUUUAAUGAGUAUAGCUGCACAGAAAUGUUGCUCAGGUGUUCCAUUAGUUGGGAACUUAAGAACAAGACUCCUAGCACUUCAUGUACUGGAGGCAGUGCUCCCUGCUUGUGAGAACAGUGUUGAAGAUGACCAGAUGACACAGGUUGUUGAGCAUUUGUUUUUGUUGCUCUCAGACUGUAUGUGGGAGGCACCCAUUGCUCAGGCCAAGCAUAUACUUAAUGUGAAGCAGAAAGAGCAUGAAGUAAAAGUACAGGGAGAGAUAGAGGAGGAGGAUGACAGUCUUCCCAUACAAGAGGUGUCAUUUGACCCAGAAAAGGCACAAUGCUGUGUGGUGGAGAAUGGCCAGGUUCUAACUCAUGGAAGUGGAGGAAAGGGAUAUGGCUUAGCGUCUACUGGAAUCAUGUCUGGAUGUUAUCAGUGGAAGUUCUACAUUGUUAAGGAAAAUCGGGGUAAUGAAGGAACCUGUGUUGGAGUGUCUCGCUGGCCGGUUCAUGAUUUUAACCACCGAACCACAACAGACAUGUGGAUAUAUCGUGCAUAUAGUGGAAAUCUUUACCACAAUGGAGAACAAACAUUAACAUUGUCAAGCUUCACUCAAGGUGAUUACAUCACCUGUGUUUUAGAUAUGGAAGCAAGAACUAUUUCGUUUGGGAAAAAUGGAGAGGAGCCAAAAUUGGCCUUUGAAGAUGUGGAUGCCACUGAGCUGUAUCCUUGCGUAAUGUUUUAUAGCAGUAACCCAGGUGAAAAGGUUAAAAUUUGUGACAUGCAAAUGCGUGGCACCCCACGGGACUUGCUACCUGGAGACCCCAUUUGCAGCCCAGUUGCUGCAGUCCUUGCUGAAGCUGCCAUUCAGCUUGUUCGCAUUCUUCACCGUACUGACAGAUGGACUCACUGCAUCAACAGAAAUAUGAUGGAACGGCUACAGAAAAUUAAAACCUGCCUUAGGGAAGGGUGUGAAAAACUAAAAAAAAGUCGUUCAGUUCAAAGUAGAGAUGAGCAUGAUGUUAAGGAUGAAUUGAAAGAAGAUGAAAAGGGAAAACAUGGAAAGCAUGGGCUGGCAGAUCUGUCUGAGUCACAGCUAAAAAUGCUUUGCACAGAAGUCUGGCCAGUGCUGGCAGUAAUUGGUGGUGUUGAUGCUGGCCUUAGAGUUGGUGGCCGAUGCAUUCAUAAGCAGACUGGUCGCCAUGCCACACUCUUGGGUGUUGUGAAAGAAGGGAGCACUUCUGCUAAAGUUCAAUGGGAUGAAACAGAGAUAACAAUCAGCUUCCCAACUUUUUGGUCGCCUAGUGACACUCCACUGUACAAUCUGGAGCCUUGUGAGCCGCUGCCCUUUGAUGUAUCAAGGUUUCGUGGUUUGACUGCCUCUCUGUUGAUGGACCUUACCUACCUGACUGGUAUCCAUGAAGACUCAGGAAAGCUGAGCACUAGACGCCAUGAAAAGAAACACAGACAUGAAUCUGAAGAAAAAGGUGACAUUGAUCAAAAAACAGAUGGCGGAGACUUCCAGAAGGAAGUGACAGAUAUUAGGAUUUCCCAAAGUUUAGAUGAGGUCAGAGCACAUGUGACAGCCAACUCCAAGUCUGAAAAUGAAAUAUCUUCAUUUUCGUUAGAUCCUCAACUUGCAUUAGAAUCUCAGCCUCAGCAAGUGGAUGGGAAAAAGAAAGUUCACGAGCAUGCAGUAAGAGCUCACGAUGUGAUACAGUCGGAAAUUCGAGCCAUCCAGCUCUCCUAUCUCUAUCUUGGUGCUAUGAAAUCCCUCAGUGCAUUGUUGAGUUGUAGUAAGUAUGCUGAACUUCUCCUGAUUCCUAAAGUUCUUACUGAAAAUGGACAUAACUCGGACUGUGCAAGUUCUCCUGUAAUCCAAGAGGAAGCUGAAAUGAGAGCUGCUCUCCAGUUUCUAAUGCGACAUAUGGUAAAAAGAGCAGUCAUGCGCUCACCUAUCAAAAGGGCCCUGGGACUUGCAGACCUUGAACGUGCCCAAGCCAUGAUUUACAAACUUGUUGUCAACAGUCUUCUGGAGGAUCAGUUUGGUGGAAAAAUAAAGCUAGAUGUGAAACCUGAGUCAGAAGAAGUCGAUGGCUCCCAGCAAGCACAGACUCCUGUAACCACAAGUCCAUCAGCUUCAAGUACAACAUCGUUUAUGAGUAGUUCCCUAGAAGACACAACCACAGCAACUACCCCAGUUACUGACACAGAAACUGUUCCAGCAUCCGAGUCUCCUUGUGUCAUGCCUCUUAGUUUACUCAGGCAAAUGUUCUCUAGCUAUCCAACAACCACUGUGUUACCAACACGUCGUGCACAGACCCCACCUGUUUCAUCAUUACCAACAUCUCCAUCAGAUGAAAUUGGACGAAGACAAAGCUUGACCUCUCCUGACUCGCAGCCUGCCAGACCAGCUAAUCGCACAGCAUUGUCAGAUCCAAGUAGCAGGCUGUCUACAUCUCCUCCCCCACCUGCCAUUGCUGUUCCAUUGCUGGAAAUGGGAUUCUCUCUCCGUCAAAUAACAAAAGCAAUGGAAGCUACAGGGACUAGAGGAGAAGCAGAUGCUCAGAACAUCACAGUCCUAGCUAUGUGGAUGAUAGAGCACCCAGGCACAGAGGAAGAUGAAGGAUCUCAGUUGAGUGGACCUACAGAUCAAUGCCCAGGAACAUCUGCAUCAGCAAAUGGAGGCAAAUCCUACUUAAACUCCUCUGGCGAAAUACCUGCUGCGGAUGCAACAGAAAUGGAGGAUGGAUUUAGUGAAGGACCUGAUGGAAUUGAACAUGGGGAAAGCUCAUCUUCUAAUGCAGGUACUGCUUCAAGAAGUCGAUCUUUCACUAGAAAGCAGAGGUUUGAUUUAGCAGCAAGGACUUUACUAGCACGAGCAGCUGGACUAUAUCGUUCUGUUCAGGCUCACCGAAAUCAGAGUCGCAGAGAAGGAAUAUCACUUCAGCAAGAAACUGGAGAUCUUUAUGAUUUUAGUUUGGAUGAAGAGUUAGAGAUUGACCUAGAUGAUGAAGCUAUGGAAGCAAUGUUUGGCCAGGAGCUGGCUAGUGACAGCGACAUUCUGGGAAUGUGUAUCCCGGAGGUACUAGACUGGCCAACCUGGCAUGUUUGUGAAUCCGAAGAUAGGGAUGAAGUUGUCAUCUGUGAACUCUGUGAAACAAGUGUUGCUAGCUUCAAUCAGCACAUGAAGAAAAAUCAUCCAGGAUGUGGUCGUAGUGCAAACCGUCAGGGUUACCGUAGCAAUGGAUCCUAUGUUGAUGGUUGGUUUGGAGGAGAAUGUGGAAGUGGAAAUCCUUACUAUCUGCUAUGUGGCAGCUGCAGAGAGAAAUACCUUUCUUUAAAGAGCAAAAUGAAGGUACCAGUUCUCGAGAGAUACAAAGGACAGGCUCCUGAUCUGUUAGGGAAGCAAGACAGUGUCUAUGAAGAAGACUGGGAUAUGUUGGAUGUUGAUGAGGAUGAGAAACUAACAGGAGAGGAGGAGUUUGAAUUGUUGGCUGGACCUCUUGGUUUAACUGAACGGCGAAUUGUACCCGAAGCAGUGCAAUUCCCAGACAGUGACCCACUUGGUGCUACAGUUGCCAUGGUCACUGCAACCAAUAGCAUGGAAGAGACCCUUUUACAAAUAGGUUGUCAUGGCUCUGUGGAGAAGAGUUCCUCUGGGAGAAUCACACUUGGUGAACAGGCAGCAGCUUUGCUUAAUCCACAUGAUCGAGUUAUGGCUCUCCGCAGAGUGACUGCAGCUGCCCAGGUGCUCCUGGCGAGAACGAUGGUUAUGCGAGCACUCUCCCUUUUAUCUGUGAGUGGUUCCAGCUGCAGUCUAGCAGCUGGUCUCGAGUCCCUUGGCUUGACUGACAUUCGAACUUUGGUCCGGCUCAUGUGCCUUGCUGCUGCUGGUCGAGCAGGUCUUUCUACAAGCCCUACUGCUGUCUGCAAUUCCCAUGAGCGUCCCCGUGGUGGUUCUAAAGGCAACAAACCGAUUUCAUGUUUGGCAUACCUGAGCACGGCUGUUGGUUGUUUAGCUUCAAAUAGUCCAAGUGCUGCCAAGCUACUUGUACAACUAUGCACUCAGAAUUUAAUAUCCGCAGCAACAGGAAUGAACUUAACCACAGUGGAUGAUCCCAUGCAGAGGAAAUUUCUUCCCAGCUUCUUGAGAGGAGCAGCUGAAGAAAAUAAGCUGGUGACUUCACCAAACUUUGUUGUUACCCAAGCUUUAGUUGCCUUACUUGCUGACAAGGGUGCCAAGCUGAGGCCGAACUAUGACAAGGCGGACACGGACAAGAGAGCAGGUUUAAUUGCGCAUUUGUAUGCCCAUCCUUCCUAUAAUCCUUCCGCUGUAGGCCCGCUGGAAUUGGCGAAUGCACUUGCAGCCUGCUGUCUCUCAUCAAGGCUGUCAUCACAGCACAGGCAAUGGGCUGCUCAGCAGCUGGUGCGAACUCUAGCAGCACAUGAUCGUGACAACCAGAGCCGGCCUCAGACCUUUGCUGAUAUGGCAGGAGACCUGCGCAAAUGUCCUUGUGUUAAACUUGAAGCACAUCAAGGCAGGGUGCUGGCAUGUGGCUGGAGCAGUAAAAAAGGACUCUUGGUGACCAGUGGCACAGACGGAACAGUCAGAGUUUGGAAUGUAACCAAGAACCAGUAUACUCUGCAACAGACUUGCAUCUUUAAUAAAUUAGACGAUACAUCUGAAGAGAAUCUUGCUGACCUUGGUUCCCCUACUGACAGCAUCCUGCCUUCCGUUUACUGGAGUGUUAGUGGGAAAUACAUUGCAACAGCAUUAGAGAAAAUUGUCAACAUCUGGCAAGUAAAUGGAGGAAAGGGCCUAGUGGAUGUUCAGCCACAUUGGGUGUCAGCUUUGGCAUGGCCUGAAGAUGGGCCUGUAGCAAGCUGGGCUGGAGAUACAUUAGAAGUUUUAUUGGUGGGUCGUAUGGAUGGUUCUCUUGGCCUUAUUGAAGUGGUUGAUUCCUGCACAAUGCACCGGCUGGAGCUUCAGCAUUGCUACAGAAAAGAAGUUGCUGUCACAGGCAUUGCUUGGUACAGUGAAGAUCAGCCGUUUGCAGUCGGGUAUGCUGAUGGAAAGCUUUUGAUUGGAGCCAAAGAACCAUUAGACAAAGGAGCAAUAGUAGUUAUUGAUGCACACAAGGAAUCCAUUACCAGUUUGAAAUGGGACCCUAAUGGGAAAAUUCUGCUCACGUGUGCAAAAGAGGAGAUGGUAAAGUUAUGGGCAUAUGCUGAAGACAGGUGGCAGUGCCUUCAUGUUCUUUCUCACCCAGCUGUCGUCAAUGGCAUUAGCUGGUGUGGCCUGCAAGGAAGAAGCUUCAAACCAAGAGCCAUGUUAGCUACAUGUUGUCAGAAUGGGUUGGUUUGUGUCUGGACCAUUCCUCAAGAUCUUUUAAGCAUUUCAGAAUCCGCAUCAUGCAGUUCAGAUGGAUGGUGGGAACUUGAGUCGAAAACCAAACCAAAGGACUGCUGCAGAAAAUCAAAUGAAGCUACUUGUGUCCUUCAGCUUAAGGGCCAUAUAACACCUGUGCGAACUGUUGCUUUCAGUCCAGAUGGCCUUGCUCUAGUUUCUGGAGGAGUUGGUGGGCUGAUGAAUGUCUGGUCGUUGAGGGAUGGAUCAGUUCUGCAGACAGUUGUCACUGGAUCAGGUGCAAUUCAGAACCUCACUUGGAUACCUGAAGUAGGAGUUGCUGUUUGUUCUAACAGGUCAAAGGACAUACUGGUUGUGAACUGCUCCAGUGAAUUUCUUUCUACCAAUCACAUUUUGGCUACUUGCCGAACUGCUCUAAAAAAGCAGGGAGUUAUUGGGCUGAACCUUGCACCUUGUAUGAGAGCAUUCCUCGAACGACUGCCACUUAUGCUACAGGAGCAGUAUGCAUAUGAAAAGCCACAUGUGGUUUGUGGAGACCAGCUUGUUCAUAGUCCCUAUAUGCAGUGUCUGGCAUCACUGGCAGUUGGUCUACACCUGGAUCAGCUUUUGUGUAACCCACCUGUACCACCUCACCACCUUAACUGCCCUUCAGAGUCAUCUGCUUGGAACCCUAAUGAGUGGGCCUGGCUGGACUGCUUUUCUACCACAGUAAAGGCAGCAGAGGCCUUGGCAAAAGGAGCUCGCUUUCCUGAAGCCUUUACAGUUCCAGACCUAGAGCCUGUGCCAGAGGAAGAGCUUACACUUCUGAUGGACAACAGCAAAUGGAUGGGUGGAAUGGAUGAGCAGAUAAUGUCAUGGGCAACGUCAAGGCCAGAAGAUUGGCAUCUUGGGGGCAAGUGUGACGUCUAUUUAUGGGGAGCUGGACGACAUGGGCAGCUUGCAGAAGCUGGAAGAAAUAUUCUAGUGCCAACUUUAGCACCAUCAUUUUCUCAGGCUCAACAAGUUGUCUGUGGUCAGAAUUGUACAUUUGUGAUCCAGGCUAAUGGAACUGUUCUUGCUUGUGGAGAAGGCAGCUAUGGGAGACUUGGGCAAGGAAACUCGGAUGAUUUGCAUGUCUUGACUGUGAUUUCAGCACUGCAAGGUUUUGUCGUAACACAGCUAAUCACAUCUUGUGGAUCUGAUGGACACUCAAUGGCACUUACUGAGAGCGGAGAGGUCUUCAGCUGGGGUGAUGGAGAUUAUGGAAAGCUGGGCCAUGGAAAUAGCGACAGACAGAGACGCCCUAGACAAAUUGAAGCACUUCAGGGUGAGGAAGUGGUACAGAUGUCAUGUGGCUUUAAGCAUUCAGCUGUGGUUACUGCAGAUGGUAAGCUCUUUACGUUUGGAAAUGGUGACUAUGGACGCCUGGGCCUUGGAAAUACAUCUAAUAAGAAGCUGCCAGAGCGAGUGAUGGCACUAGAGGGCUAUCAGGUGGGGCAGGUUUCUUGUGGCCUGAACCAUACACUUGCCGUUUCAUCAGAUGGAAUGAUGGUUUGGGCUUUUGGGGAUGGAGAUUAUGGAAAGCUUGGUUUAGGAAAUUCAACAGCAAAGUCAUCUCCUCAGAAAGUGGAUGUCCUCUGUGGUAUUGGCAUCAAAAAAGUGUCCUGUGGAACACAGUUUUCUGUUGCUUUAACAAAAGAUGGACAUGUUUAUACAUUUGGACAAGACCGUCUGAUUGGUUUACCAGAGGGCAGAGCACGGAACCACAAUAGACCCCAGCAAGUGCCAGCCCUGUCUGGAAUCUUCAUCAAGGACAUUGCUGUGGGGGCAGAACACACUCUUGCACUCUCUUCUACUGGAGAUGUGUAUGCCUGGGGUAGCAACUCAGAAGGGCAGCUUGGUCUUGGUCAUACAAAUCAUGUACGAGAGCCAACUCUUCUGACAUCCCUGCAAGGAAAGAACAUAAAUCAGAUCUCUGCUGGUCGGUGUCACAGUGCAGCCUGGACAGCACCCCCUGUGCCACCACGUGCACCAGGAGCAUCAGUACCAUUACAGCUUGGCCUGCCUGUUUCUGUCCCUCCUCAAUACAGCGCUCUCAAGGAGGUGAGCAUGGAGACUGUGCGUGCCAGGCUGCGCCUACUGUACCACUUCUCUGACCUCAUGUAUUCGUCCUGGAGGUUACUCAAUCUGAGUCCCAACAACCAGAGCUCCACGUCACGAUAUAAUGCUGGAACUUGGGGAAUUGUCCAGGGUCAACUAAGACCCAUUUUAGCACCCCGGGUGUACACUCUUCCAAUGGUUCGCUCCAUUGGCAAGACCAUGGUGCAGGGCAAAAACUAUGGCCCUCAGAUUACAGUGAAGAGAAUAUCAACUAGAGGCCGGAAGUGUAAGCCGAUUUUUGUUCAGAUAGCCAGACAAGUAGUGAAGCUCAAUGCCUCAGACCUACGACUGCCAUCUCGUGCCUGGAAAGUUAAGCUAGUAGGUGAAGGAGCUGAUGAUGCGGGAGGUGUUUUUGACGACACCAUCACUGAAAUGUGCCAGGAACUGGAGACUGGUGUGGUGGAGCUGCUUAUUCCUUCUCCAAAUGCCACAGCAGAAGUUGGCUACAACAGAGACAGAUUUUUGUUCAACCCCUCAGCCUGCAAUGAUGACCAUCUUAUGCAGUUUAAAUUUCUGGGCAUAUUGAUGGGUGUUGCAAUUCGAACCAAAAAGCCUUUGGACCUGCACCUUGCUCCAAUGGUCUGGAAGCAGCUGUGCUGUAUUCCUCUGACUCUGGAAGACCUGGAGGAGGUCGACUUGCUCUACGUACAAACUCUGAAUAGCAUUCUUCAUAUUGAAGACAGUGGAAUAACUGAGGACAGCUUCCAUGAGAUGAUUCCUUUGGAUUCUUUUGUGGGACAAAGUGCAGAUGGUAAAAUGGUGCCGAUAAUUCCUGGUGGUAACAGCAUCCCACUGACUUUCAGCAACAGAAAGGAGUAUGUUGACCGGGCAAUAGAAUACAGGCUUCAUGAAAUGGAUCGUCAGGUGGCUGCAGUACGUGAAGGGAUGUCGUGGAUCAUUCCAGUGCCUCUCCUUUCUCUUCUCACUGCAAAGCAACUAGAACAGAUGGUAUGUGGAAUGCCUGAAAUUUCUGUGGAAGUGCUGAAGAAAGUGGUGCGCUACCGGGAGGUUGAUGAACACCACCAGCUGGUCCUGUGGUUCUGGCAGACUCUCGAGGAAUUCUCCAAUGAAGAGCGAGUGCUCUUCAUGCGAUUUGUCUCAGGGAGGUCUCGACUGCCUGCCAACACUGCAGAUAUAUCCCAGAGGUUUCAGAUUAUGAAGGUUGACAGGCCAUAUGACAGCUUGCCUACCUCACAGACUUGCUUCUUUCAGUUAAGGCUUCCUCCAUACUCCACUCAAGCCAUAAUGGCGGAGAGACUUCGCUACGCAAUUAAUAACUGCAGAUCUAUUGACAUGGACAACUACAUGCUUUCUCGAAAUGUAGACAAUGCUGAGGGCUCUGAUACAGACUACUGAAGUAUGUGAACAAAAUUAUUUGAAUCAUAUUUCCAUUUUGAACGCAGGAAUAAUUGAGAUUGGUGACACACUUCUUCUUCAGGACAGGACUGGCCACGUUUUUAAUUAUCCUGUGUAUCUUCAGAUGUAGCCAAUUAGAUGUUUUUAAUUUCACUUUGUGCUUUAUUAGCAGUUAAACAAUCAAGCAGCCGUACAAAAGGUAAACUUUCUCCAUCUGCUCGCACUUUCUGUUCACAUUUUAAGUUUGCAUGGAGAUAUGGUUCAACAAAGCAGCCCAAUACAUAAUAUGCAGAAAUGUACAUUGUGUACAUUUGUUUAUUAGGGAAUACAGUUUUACAUAAAUAUUGAUAUUUAUUUUGUUUUAUUUUGACUUGCCUGUGCUAAGUUUACUAAAGGAGAGAAAAUAUCAAUAAAUGGGUAAAUACCUCUGA